AUGACAAUAACAGUGGCGACACAAUACAGGUUAAGUAAAAAGUCCAUUGUGAAAGAUUAUACAACGAAGUCUCACACACUAGGACUAAAUCAAGAUGCCAACGCCAGAGAAGACGACACGUCGGCGAACCGACCGUAUCUGGUCUUUUGCUCAACCGCGGCUUCCGGUCAUUUUUACCCGAUAUUGCAAAUUGCGACGCACAUGGUCCAGCGAGGUUUCGAAGCGACAAUUAUCACAGACAAGAAGCAUGAGCAGCAAGUCAUUAGCUCAGGCGCGGGACAUGUCGCUCUUCCUUUUUUCAUGCCGUCUCCAGAGUCGCUGGAGGAACGCAAGGAGCUGACAAACGGCUUCCAGUCUAUGGUUUGGGGCCUCACCCAUGUGGUGAUGAAACGGACUCCGCUUUACUACAAGACUGUGGUAGAGACCCUGGAAGCCUUGCGUCAGGAACGUCCAAGUCAACAAAUCAUCAUCAUCCAAGACUUAGUCUUCAUCGCUGCUAAUGCCCUUGCUUUGGGCGCGCGGUUGCCCACAGGGUUCACAGUGAGACCAACUAUCAUCCACGUCAACGUCGUUCCGCUACCGGUUCCUAGUAUCGAUAUUGGACCCUUCGGCUUUGGUCUGCCACCUGACUCAUCUGAAUCCGGCCGCUCCCGAAACAAGCUUUUACAUCAGCUCUGUUGCAGCCCUCAGGGUCCUUUUGCAGCUUUUUGUAACGAGUACAACCGAGUCAUGGAGUGCCUUGGCGUCACUGUUGAUCCUACUAUCGACGCCUUUAUAUCUAUCACAUCUUGCCCGGACGUUACACUACAGGCCUGCUCGCCAAGUCUUGAGUACCCCAGAUCAGAUCUACCGGAUCACGUCAAAUUUAUCGGUUGCCUGCCGCGCAAAUCCCUGGAUCCUUCCUACAGAUAUCCUGCAUGGUGGAGCAGCAUUACCAACCCUCUUCACUUGCAGCGUAAAAAGAUUAUCGGUGUAGCGCAAGGCACAAUUGCGGUCGACUACAAUCAUCUUAUUAUACCCACAAUUCAGGGGCUAGCCGACCGUGAUGACAUAAUUGUCGUCGCACUCCUGGGCGUGAAAGGAGCAUCUCUGUCGGAGGGUUUCCAAGUGCCCUCCAAUGCGAGGGUACUCGAUUUUAUGCCUUACGAAGCACUACUCCCGCACCUUGAUGUGUGGGUGAUAAAUGCUGGGUACGGCGGAUUUACGCAAGGCAUCAUGCACGGCGUCCCGAUGGUGCUGUGUGGAGAUACUGAGGAUAAAGCCGAUGUGUCUAUGCGUGGUGAGUGGGCUGGUGUAGGGUUUAACCUAAGGACAGGAUCACCGACACCACAACAGGUUGCAAGGGGUGUUGAAGAGGUCCUCACGAAUCAUAAAUAUAAGAGACAGGUGGUAGCGAUACGGAAAGAGAAUGUGGAAAUGAACAGUUUGGAAACUAUAGAAUCUUACAUUUGGCGUUUUACAGAUAAAAAGAAGGGAAAAUAAGGCAUGGAUGGUAUCC